AGCUAUCACAUUCAAGUAACAUGUCACAGGACCCAGAGAAUGAUAAUGUUGCAGACUUCCUCGCUGAUGAGACAGAGGAGGAGAAGAUAUUUCGUGAGCUGACAAGCCACCAUAAUCUUUCUCCAGGCACUGGAAUGAGGCACUCUGAAACCACGGACACUCUGGACUCUGUGUAUCUGGAACCCACAGUUACUGAGCUGACUGUUGAUGUUGGAAGUAAAGCCAAUGAAGAACAAUCUAAUAUCAGCACCAAUUUUGAAAAUACAAUAGUUAGGGAAGGGGCUGUAAAUCAUUCUUCAGAACAUGAAAGUGCACACCCGGUUGGGGAAAUAAAACAGCUGCCAGAGGUAACUGUUGAAAACAUUGUCUUUUCUGUUGGUGACCAUCAAGCUGAAGCAAACUCCCCACCUUCGCUAAGUAAAUACUUUGGAAAGGAUAGCAAUACUGAUGAUCCUUUUGAUUCCAAUUUCUUUUCUUCCCUUCCACAUAUAGAGGAAAAUUUGCCAGCUGCUACUAGUAUAGAGAAUAUCAUCCAUGAAAUUGAGACUGAGGAAUUUGGUACUGCUAGUAAUGAAAUUAAUGAAAAUACUGAUGCUAUGACUGAUUUGACUCUAAAAGACAAUGAUGAGUUACUCAGACUUGUAGAAGAGGCAACUAAAAAUGUGACACCCACGGAAGAAAACUUAGCAGAUUAUUAUAGCACUGAACAAGAAGAAAAUGACUUUGAAAGAACAGAAAGUGUUGACUUUGACUUAGCUUUAGAUAAUACAGAGCCUGUUGAAACGCCUGUGGACAUAGAAGAGAAAGACAGAUUUGAAUCAUUUACAGCCGAGAUGGCAGAAAAUGAAGCAUUAGAUGCAUUGGGAAUAUCCCCAGCUGCACCGUCUUCCAUGAAUGAGAAAAAUAUGACAGAAUAUUUCCGUCAAUCAAGCAACCAGUCUGAAGGUCUGUUCAACCAUUUGGCUCGCCAGUCUUCACAACUCAGCGGCUUCUCAUCUUCAAGCCAAGAAAAGAUCGUCAGUACAACAAACCUAGAGGAAGAAACCGACAGUGAAAUAGGAGUCCCUGCAUCUGUUGAAAAAUCAGAUACAAGGAUACCAGCUCCUGAGUUACCAGAAUCAGAGCCGGCGAAGGUGGAGUCAACUCCCAUACACCAGCCUGUGUUCCCUCCCUCAACCACCCUCUCUCCUGUGGAAUCAUCAGCACACCAACAUUUCUUCAAGCACUCAGAUUCCCUGACAAGCACUGACAACUCGAUCACCACAUUCCAGAACUUGACAGAUGAUGCUGCUGGGGAUGAUAAUUUCUUUGUUACCCUUCAGAUGAGUGACUCUGACCGACAACACGACUCAUGGUUGCCAUCGGAAACGACCAAGAGCAUCUUGAUUGCUAUGGCAACACAUGUGCAGGGGAGCUACAUUCCUGAUAGAGGCAUGCUUGUCACUCCUGGUCUUGUUGUCACCCAGCCACAGGGUGACCCAGUUCGUGAUCUCAUGUACAAGUACAUGGGGGAACAGGAAGCCAUGAAACGCAAAGUGCCGACUAUUAGCUCUGUCACCCGAGAUGUCGAUGGACUUGUCAAACUCAUGCAAGCAGGAUGCUACAGGGCUGCAAUAGACAUGACUACUCAGCUCCUCACAGACAUUGGUCAGUCAAUUGCUAUUGCUAUGGUAACCCCCACAACACAUUCACCAAAGUCAUUACAGAUCUGGCACUGUAGGUUCAGCCUGAUGAUGAAGCUACGCAUGUACAGCAUUCUGGAGUCCGAGUUUGCAGCCUUCAAGACCCUCGACACCCCUGACAUCUAUUACGAGUUUUACCCAACAAACUAUCCUGGCAAACGAGGAUCAAUGGUGCCGUUUGGCAUGCGUCUGCUGCAUGCAGAGUUGCCAUAUCACCUUGGACGCCCCUCGGAAACCCUGGACAGGUUUUACUAUCUACUCAGCGUUAUACAGAAGAUAUUGAAGAACCUUGGUGAAGGUCACAGUGAGGACGGCAGUGCAGUAACCAUAUCAACCGAGAGUCGGGCAGCCUCACAAAAGCUUUGGUUAGAGCGUGAGAAACAAGUGUUGUACAGCAUUGCCAAUGUCUUAACAUUACUGAAGAACUAUGAUGCGGGACUGAGUGUGUAUAAAGACCUGCUGGAGAAAGAUACAGAGCACAGACUGGCCCUACUCAGUGGAAUAGGGAGAAUACAUCUGCAGAUUGGAAACCUCAACAAAGCCAAUGAGUAUUUCCAGAUGGUCAAAGACACAGAAAUCAAGACAAAUGUUGCUAUGGUUGCAGUCCACAUGAAUAGGGGUUUUGAGGCCAUGUGUCAGAACAACUUCACAGAGGCCUAUCAGUGCUUUAAGUUGGCCUUACAGCUGGAGCCGUUGAAUACUUCAGCAGCCAACAACAUGUCCGUGUGCUGCCUGUACCUGGGCAAGCUGAAGGAAGCGCUUACCUCCCUUGAAGCCAUAGUCCAUAACAACCCUGACCGAAACCUCCACGAGGGGAUACUAUUCAACCUGUGCACUCUAUACGAGCUCGAGUCCUCACGGGCUCUACACAAGAAGCAGGCUCUACUUGAUCUUAUAAGCAAGCACAAGGGUGACGGCUUCCCUGUUGUGUGCUUGAAGAUGGCCUGAGUGGGUGACGGCUUCCCUGUUGUGUGCUUGAAGAUGGCCUGAGUGGGUGACAGCUUCCCUGUUGUGUGCUUGAAGAUGGCCCGAGUAUGUUAAUUAACCCUUUUCCACUAAGAUACAUAUUUUGACGCAUUUUUAGUCCCUUAAAAAGUUACAUUUAACUAAAGACCUUUCUUACUAGAUUCAAGUUUUUAAAUGCUUCAUAUCCAACCCUUAGAUACUGAUGAGUAGCAAACAGCAUAAAACCUGAACAGGCUGCAAGUUACUCACCGGCUGUUUGUACAUAGCCAUUUUCACUUUGUUUCUGAGUGGGAAAGGGUGAAAGGCAAUACUAGUGCAAGUGCUGAACAUUACUGGCUCAGUCAUUAGUUUAGUGCUCACUUAUUGAAUUAAAUCAUUAGAUCCAGUGUGGUGUUUUAAGUGCUUUAUAUUACUAUGGAUGUGACACCGAUUUCAAAAUCAAACCUUUUUUGUGCAAAUACGUUGAUACGCCAGAUAAACCGGACAGUGUUUGCAGAAACGUACAAAUAUUGGUGGUAAUUCAGUGCUGCUUAAUAAAGAAGCACUAUUCCAUUCAAAUAAACAGAACAUUUACAUUUAUCCCUUGUAUUAUUUAAUCAUUAAAUGAAUAUGUGAUAUUAUGUUUUACGAGUUUACCAUAAUUAUACUGUGGACCAAAUAUUUUGUUUGCUGUUCUGGGAUAUCACAGUUCACUGCAUCACUCUCUAUUUGCAGUACAAGAUCUCCAGCCAGAAAUAUCUAUAGUUUAUGUUCUAGUUAACUGUCAAAUUAUGAUGAUGAAAUUGAAAUAGUUCUGUAACAAUGCAUACUUUUGUAAAUCUAUUAGCAUUUAGGAUACAUUAGCAAAUAAAAAUGUGGAUAACUAAUAAUGAUAUGCAUUAUUACAUUUAAAGAUUGAGGUUCUUAACGAAAUCUACAGAUUGGACAGGCAGAAUCACAUAACAGACCUUGUAACAGAUAUAUACAG